UACCCACCACCCAAGUUAGACUCUGAAUCAAAGCAAUCAAAAAGGCAUAGAAAGAAGAGAACCAUUUUUUCUUCAUCCCCUUCUGCUUUCCCCUCAUCUAUUGCUGCCCUUUGUAAUCAUGAGUCCUUGUGCCAUCAUUGCUAUAAAACACUCUCUCUCUCUCUCUCUCUCUCUCUCAUACAAACAGAAAAUCACAGCUAUAUUAUAACACUUUUCUUUCACCCUAGUAGUUUCCUACCAAGUUUCUUCUCACCUAUAAAAACCCCUUGUAGCCUAUUUGUUACACCUCAACAUCCCAUUUUUUUGCUUAAUUUGUUAUUCAGUUUUUGUAAGUGAACCUUAUCUCUCAAGCUUGUAACUUUUGUUCUCUCAAGAGACUUGGUAUUAGAAGGGAAACAGCAUGUGCUCUAUCUCUUCAAAACAGACCCUUUAUUUGGUUCUUCCUCGUCCAUGGCCAUCUAAAAGACACCACCACAACCACAGGCACCUUCGGUUGGGCAUGCUCAACAGAAGGAGGGCACACUUGAAAGAAGCAAGACAAAGGAAAAGGAUUGUUGUGGUGAAAUCAGAGAUUCAGAUGAAGAACUUGAAACUGUACAUGGAGAACCAAACCAUCAUAGAGGAGAAUGAGAAGUUGAGGAAACAAGCCAUGCUUCUGCACAAAGAGAAUCAGGCACUCUUGUCUCAGCUCCAAAAGAAGCUUUCAGAACAAAACAACAAUACCAACAAUAACUAGCAAUUUAGCUAAUUAAUAUAUAUACAGUUUAUUAGUGUGGCCAAGGGUAGGAGAAAUUAAAGGGUCUGUGCUAAUGAUCCUUUUCUGAUAUGUUAGCCCUAUAUCUUGUUUGUUGACUUUGCUUCUUUUAUUUUUUUCGGGGGGGGGGGGUUGCAUCUUAGUUGGAGGUUAAAUUAAUUAAUUUUCUAGCAAUAAGUUUAGAGUGGUAAAAUAAAGAUAAAUAGGUAAUAUGCCAAUUGUAAGCAUUACAUGGAAUAUAGAAUUGUGCAACUUGUUUAAGAGUUUAAAUUUAUCAUUUCUUGUUAGUUUUCCUGAUGGUGUCUAGAGAAUACUUAAUAGUGUCCUAGCUUUUACUUGUUAAGUGUAUUUGGUUAAUCUAAUGAAUUCGUUUGUAAUAACGUUGUUAUAUAAAGAGUAGUGUACAGAUAGAUAAGUUUCCAUUA